AUGGCGGAAGGUCCAACCAGUUCUCAACCGCCCGAGAAAUCAGACAUAGGUAUUUCCACGGAAACUCCAAUCAUCCAACAAGGCACAACGCACUCUGAUUUUCCAGAGGGAGGACGACAGGCAUGGCUCGUGGUCUUUGGAUCAUGGUGUGCUUUGUUUUCUACAUUUGGUCUUGUUACCUGCAUAGGCGUGUUCCUGGAGUACUACAAGAAUGGACCACUAGCAAACUACACUGCCAGUCAAAUAAGUUGGAUCACAAGUGUACAAGUGUUUCUCCAGGUCGGAAGCUCGAUAUUGUGGGGACGUUUGUAUGACUCGUAUGGUCCUAGAUGGCUAUUUCUACUUGGAACGCCUCUCCAUUGCUUCGGGCUGAUGAUGACAUCUCUGUCGAGGCAGUAUUAUCAAAUCUUUAUCUCUCAGGCCAUUUUAAGUUCUAUCGGAUCCGGGACUAUCUUCAAUGCAAGCCUGACCUCCACAACGGCCUGGUUCUACAAGCGCCGAGGUAUGGUUUUCGGCAUUGUGAACUCCGGAUCGUCCCUCGCGAGAGUUGUCUUGCCUAUUAUGAUGACCCGGUUAUUCCAAUCGAUUGGGUUCAGGUGGACUCUCCGUGUCCUCGGCUUCAUGUUCUUGGCUCUCUGUAGUAUAGCAUGCGCCACGGUGAAGACUCGAUUGCCACCUAAUCGGCGUCCAAUCUCCGUUACGGACUAUAUCCGGCCUCUAAGGGAACUGAAGAUGAUAUUGACUGCGCAGGCGAAUGGGAUAUCACCCACGCUCGUCCCUUACCUUCUACCGAUUAUUAACGCAGUCAGCCUCAUCGGUCGACUACUUAUGGGAGUCGCCGCCGACCUUUUCGGGCGGUUCAACUGCAUCAUCGCCAUCACAGCAAUGUCUGGAAUCAUGACAUUGGCUCUAUGGAUCCCGGGAAGCACGAGUACAGCAGCGGUGAUCAUUUAUGCCGUAUGCUUCGGGCUUGGAUCGGGUGGCUAUGUGACACUCUUCCCGUCAUGCGUGACUCAAAUCAGUGAUUUUGAAGAGAUUGGAACGAGGCUCGGGAUUGCGCAAUUAAUCAAUGCCUUUGGUGCUUUGACCGGCUCUCCACUUGGCGGCGCCCUGAUCCGUGGCCAGGGCAGUGACACCGAUUUUCUUGGUCUUCAGGUCUUCUGCGGCGUGACUAUGAUUGCUUCUGCUGUAGUAUUCGGCGCCGCGCGAUAUAGCCAGGUUGGAAUGCAAAUAGUGAAGGUCUGA